AUGCUUCUCGAGGAGCUGCUCCGGUGCCAGAUCCAGGAGUGGUACCCGGCCUUCCGCCGCCACUCCAUCCCCACCGUCAUCAUCCCGCUUCCCGCCGCCUUCCUCCGCUACCUCGCUGGCCAGCGGGCCUACCCCGACCCUGACGCCGAUGCCGACGCUGAUGAGGAGCCGCUCCCGUUCCUCCUCCCCGCGAUAACCUCCGGCCGCCAGGCCUUCGCACCCAUCCACGCGCACCACCCCGACCCCGACUCCCUCCUCAACUCCGACAUCUUCUUCGGCUCCAACGACGAAGACGUCUUUGACCCCGACGCCGACCACCCGCUCCGGCCGGAGUUCCCGGAGCUGGAGGCGGCCAUCGACGCCGCCAUCGCCGAGCUAGGCGGCGCCGCGCUCCCCAAGCUCAACUGGAGCGCGCCCAAGGAUGCCACCUUCAUGUCUGCCGAUGGGACGACUCGGUGCACUUGCUUCGCCGAGGUUGCCAUGCUGCUCCGCUCCUCCGACUGUGUGGCCCACGACCUUGCCUCCGCUCGACAAUCAUGCGAGGAUUUCGUGCGCCCGGAGGGUGCUCGACGGAAUGCCCAAAAUGUUAGGGCCGGUGCCAAGGAAGGUGCUCGACCAAAUGCCGAUGAGACUGGUAGCAGCGAAGGCAGCCACGAGGGCACCAAUGAAGCUCCAAGUAAUUCAAGCAAGAUAGGCGAGGAGGGAGGCAAGACAGAUGAUGAGGACUGUGAUGUUGAAGCUGCAACAGAAGAAGAAAGUAACGAGACUACUUGGGUGGAUGAUGGGUUCCAAUACUACCUUGCCCUCCGCAAGUGGUACCCAGGCCUACGCCCUGAGUCAGAGUUCCGAUGCUUCGUUCGGCAGCGGAAGCUGGUUGCUGUGUCGCAGAGAGACCCAUCAGCUUACUACCCAUCACUGCCUGGAUGGAGUUCUGAGGUGCAACCGAAAAUUGAGGCUUUCUUUGAUGAAGUGAUUGAGCCACAGUUUGCUUCAAUCAAUUAUACGUUUGAUGUAUAUGUGAGGGCGGAUGGGCGGGUCAAGCUGAUAGAUUUCAAUCCAUGGGGUGGUUAUACCUUGCCGCUGCUGUUUGCUUGGGAGGAGCUUGAGGAGGAGGGGAGAGUGCCUGAGCUGGAGUUUCGGGUGGUCAUGCAGCAGGGUGCAGUGAGGCCAGGAUUGAUGACAGCAGUGCCAUAUGAUAUGCUGGAUUGGGGAGAGGGGAGUGGCUGGGAUGUUUUUCUGAAGAAGGCUGAUGAGGAGCUUGACAGACAGAUGAACUCACUAGAUGGUGAUUCAUGA